UUUAGAUGAUGUUUGUGGUCACAUCACUUUCUUCCCAAUGCGUCAUUGUCGCCAGAGCUAACUGCAUGCCUGUCUUCUUGGUCACACAAUUUUGCAUGUGUCCUUGUUCUUGAAUCCCCCAAUCACUAUAAUAACAUGGAGGAAAGGGGAGAGGAAGGGAAGGGAAAGCUAGAGUAAUGGAUUCAAAUCGGCUUGUGAGUUUCGUAGUAGGAGCAAUUGUAAUAUCAGUAUUUAUUGAGCAAGGGGUUACCAGUGUCGUUUCUGAUGAUCCAAGCAUGUAUGACAACUACAACGUUGUUUGGGGAUCUGAUCAUGUUCGGUCCUCUAACGUAGGCAAAAAUGUUCAGAUCUUCCUCGACCAAGUUUCUGGGGCAGGUUUUCAAUCCAAGAGAAAGUAUGGUUCAGGUUUCUUUCAUCUCAACAUAAAGUUACCAGGCAGUAACUCUGGUGGCGUUGUUACAGCUUUCUAUUUAACUUCAACCUCAUCAAACCACCAUGAUGAGUUGGAUUUUGAAUUCUUGGGCAACAAUGAUGGGAAACCCCACUAUCUCCAGACCAAUGUAAUUGCCGAUGGUAAAGGAGACAGAGAACAGAGAAUCUCAUUAUGGUUUGACCCUACAAGCAGCCACCACAGCUACAGAAUUCUUUGGAAUCGACAUCAAAUCGUAUUUUUCGUGGAUAAAUAUCCUAUCCGGGUGUUCAAGAACAAGCACAAUAUAGGAGUUGACUUCCCAUCACAACCCAUGAAUAUAAUGUGCAGUAUAUGGAAUGGAGACAGCUGGGCAACAGAUGGUGGCCAAACUAAGAUUAAUUGGACCUAUGCACCAUUCACAGCUGGUUUUCGGAGCUUCAGCAUCUAUGGCUGCCCUACCGAAAACUCCAUGGGGCCUUGCUCCUCCACUAAGUACUGGUGGAAUAGAAACCAAUUUUGGCAAUUAGAUCCCAGCCAAGAACAAGCAUAUCAAACUGUUAAGAGGAAGUAUCUGAUAUAUGAUUACUGCACUGAUCACAAAAGGUUUCCUACGCCUCCCCCUGAAUGCCCACAGUGAAAACUACCUGACCUCUCCUGUCAUAACUCUAGGAAUUUUACUAUAACCGUGUAGUUCCAAAAUAAAGAAGUUAAUACAGCUACAGAUUUGACCCCAAAAAAACUCUUUCAUAAUUAACUAGGCGCUCUAGAACCCCAAAGAAGAAUCUAUAUGAACUUCAAGUAAUUUACCAUGGUUUAUGCAAAUCAAAUAUAGGAAUCAACAAGGUCUAGGCAAGGUACUGCAUUAAAAAAAUGUACCUUUGCAUGAAGAAGUUCCUAGCCAAGUUCAUGAUCAGAUUAUCUUCAUUUACAUGGCGUGGUCCUGGACUCCUUAAACCAAUAUAACUCCAAAGCUGCUCCAGAUCCUACAACCACUGGAAGUUAUUAGUGUCAUUUGGGACAAUGCACAAACACAAUAUGUUCACUUCCUCGCUAAGCUCGAAUGCUGCCGCCGUUUCCUUAUUUGAUUAAGGAAUUAUAUCAGACAAAAUUCAUGCCUUUCCAGUAUACAACAGCAGUCGAACAUUUUGCAGGGGCAUGUAUACCAGAGUACGCUCCAAGUGCAGAAUCAUGGAAAAACUUUACCAAAUGAGUCUGCAAUACAGGAACACUUCCAACCAUAAAGUCAUACAUAAUUCUCAUGGAAAGAAGAAUUAGACUCCUUGGCUGAAAUUUAUCUUCUUUCUUUUAUCAUCUGAAGACUGGAUAGCUUAUAUUUUCUGCAAAAGAGCUGCAAGUAAAACGAUAGCUGCAAGAGAACAUAGCUCUAGAAAGAGCAUUUGUAGCAGCAUUCUCACUGCCCCUUUUGUAAACAAUUCCAUAAUCAAAUUGUUGUAACUAAGCUAGCAAGCCUGCUGCUGAUAAGUAGAAACUCUUAUUUGAGGGCUUUUUGCCUGUAAAAAAUUUUUAAAAAAAUUUACAUCAUUUGAAGUUUCAAGCAUUUUAAAAAAUCAAUUAAUG